CUUUCCGCUGAGCUCCGCUCCCUGGCUGGGCCUCUCCCCAUCGCGCAUGCGGCUCCCGCUUCGCCCGGCGGUCCCAGGCUGCCGCCGCAGCAAUGUCGGCGCGGGGCCCGUUCCGCGGCUCGCCCUCCUUCCCGCCGCCGCUGCGCUUCGGGCAGCCUGCCGUAUUCGGCCAGGGUGGCGGCCCCGCCGGCCUCCCCUUUCCGCCCGCCGUCACCUUCGCGGCUCCCUACGCGCUGGGCCAGGCGCCGGCCCCGGCGGGGAACGCGGGAUUCAGCUUCAGGCCGCCUACCAGCCUGGGCGGCUUCCCGACCUCCAGCGAAGCGUCGGGUGGCUGCGGCGGUGCCUUCACGGCGCCCGAGUUCCGCUUCAAGGCGCCCGAGAACCCCGCCGCCUUCAAGCCGGUGUCAGGCGGUGAGGCGGAGAAGGCCCCGGCUGCCCCUGCCGCCUUUGCUUUCUCGUCGCCCUUCGGCUUCGCGUCGGAGACGGGCCCCGAGGCGGCGGUGACACGGGAGCCUUUCUCGUUCUCGCGUCCCACCGCUCCUUUGGGGCGGCUGGAAGAGAGGGGCCCGAAGGCGCUGCCAGAGGAUCCGGGGGAGCCGCCGUCCAAGGGGCUGAAGCGGAAGGAGGAGAGGGAGCGCUCGCCGCGGCGCGGGGCGGCGGCGGCGGGCGGGCGGGCGGCGGCGCCGCCGGAGAAGCGGGCGGUGAUGCUGAGCCGGCCCCGCGGCGGGAUCCUGUUCGGCCGCACGCUGGAGGAUAUGCUGCGCAGCCAGGCCCGCGAGCAGCGGGAGCGCGGCGAUGGCCCCGAGACCGAGCGGGGACCCACCGAGGAGCCGCCGCCGGCCGAGGCACGGGACCUCGCCCGAGAAGAUGCGACCCCCGCCGCCCCUGCUCGCCGGAGCCGCGGCAGCGAGAGCACGGAGGGACUGGGGGGCCUACCAGCCGCGGAGCUGACGGCCGUCCAGUGCAAGAACAUCCCUGACUACCUCAACGACAGGACUGUGCUGGAAAAACAUUUUGGGCAGUUCGUGAAAGUUCGUCGGGUCAUGACUAGGCGGAAUAAAAAAAUGGCCGUUCUCCAUUUUUUUGAUCAUGCCUCUGCAGUUCUUGCCAGAAAAAAAGCGAAAGAGUUGCACAAAGACAUAGUAACAUUUUGGCAGAAGAAGAAAACAAGUCCAGCAAAAAGAGAAUUUUCAUCAAAGGAGAAGAAAGCAGGUGAAGAUGAAGGAAGGCAAAGCAGUGAAGAGCAAAGCUAUCAGCAUUCCCCUCUUAGAAAACCUUUAAUAAGAUCUUCUGCCACCAGUGCCAUGCCUGGGAGAAGUUCUCCAGCAAAGAAGCCUGGCCUUCGAAAGGCGCUGCAGUUUGAAGCAGAGCUGUUUGAUUCCAGUUCUGAAGGGCAGAGCUCAGAGGGCUUGGGAGCUUCACUGUCGUCUCUCAGUAACCUGGUGGGAUUGGUGGCUGAGACAUCUGAAGAGAGAUACAGGCUCUUGGACCAGAGGGACAAAAUCAUGCGACAAGCUCGAAUAAAAAGGACUGAUCUUGGCAAAGCAAAAACUGUUGUUGGCACUUGCCCAGAUAUGUGUCCUGAAAAGGAACGUUACAUGAGGGAGACAAGAAACCAGCUCAGCAUCUUUGAAUUGCUUCUAGGAACUGACAAGGUGGAUCAUGCAGCAGCAAUCAAGGAAUAUAGCAGGUCUUCAGCAGAUCAGGAGGAGCCUUUGCCCCAUGAACUGAGGCCGUCUGAGGUGCUGAGCAUGACCAUGGACUAUUUAGUGACAAAUAUUAUGGAUCAAGGAGAAGGAAACUACCGAGAAUGGUAUGACUUUGUCUGGAACAGAACUCGUGGAAUAAGAAAGGAUAUAACCCAGCAACACCUCUGCAACCCGCUGAUGGUGUCUCUGAUUGAGAAGUGCACUCGCUUUCACAUCCACUGUGCUCACCACUUGUGUGAGGAGCCCAUGUCCUCCUUUGAUGCCAAAAUCAACAAUGAGAACAUGACUAAAUGCCUGCAGAGCUUGAAGGAGAUGUAUCAGGACUUGGCUAACAAGGGGAUUUACUGCAAGAGUGAAGCAGAGUUCCGAGGUUAUAAUGUUUUGCUGAAUCUCAACAAGGGUGAUAUUCUCAGAGAAGUUCAGCAAUUUCAUCCAGAGGUUAGAAACUCUCCUGAAGUUAGAUUUGCAGUUCAAGCUUUUGCAGCAUUAAACAGCAACAAUUUUGUGAGGUUUUUCAAGCUUGUGCAAGCAGCUUCCUAUCUGAAUGCCUGCCUCUUACACUGUUAUUUCAACCAGAUUCGUAAGGAUGGUCUCAAAUCCCUCAAUAUUGCCUACACCGUGAGCACCCAGAGAAGCACAGUGUUCCCCUUGGAGCACCUGGUCCGCAUGCUGCUAUUCAAAGACUGCGAGGAGGCAACUGAUUUCAUUAGUUACUAUGGCCUGAGUGUAUCAGAUGGGGGUUAUGUGGAGCUGAAUCGCUCAGCUUUCCUGGAGCCAGACGGAUUACCCAAACCACGGAAAUCCCUGUUUGUCAGCCAGAAGCUCACUGUCUCUGUUGGGGAGGUUGUGAACGGGGGGCCCUUGCCCCCAGUGCCCCACCAUGUGCCCAUGUCCAGCUUCAACGGGCAGAACAAGUACAUUGGUGGAAGCACCUCUGUGGAUCAGGCCAGCAGUAGCCAAAAACUCAGUGUGGAAGCAACAGAAGGAAGAGUUGAAAGCAGAGGUGUGGAUUUAGAGGCCCCAGCAGUGAAGGUUCAGCCCUCACCUCAUCUUCUGCCCUCACUGUUGCCUCGUCAGCUCAUGCCAGUCCUGCCCUCUGCACAGCCCAUCUCCCAGCCUGCCACACAGCCUGAGCCUCCUCCUUCAAAGCCUCAGCCUGGCUACUCGGACACGGACAUUGCCGAAGUGGUGGAUGGUUUAGUGCAUGAUGUCCUCGAAGGAGAGUGCAGAGAAGUGGGCAGAGCAGGAGCAGCUUACGUGGCUGCUGCCAUCUGUGCCUCAGAGGCCACCUUGGAGGAACUCGUGACUGAGGUGAUGGGGGAGAUCCUCAGAGAAGUGGCUGGAAACACGCUUAGUGUGGAAAGGCAGCGUGUCCAGGAGGAGCGGCGCAGAGUGGAGGAGGAGAGGCAAAAGCAGGAGAGAGAAGAGUUAAUAAAGCAGUUGAGCCAGCUGCUGGGAGUGGAAUUAAUAGAAGAAGUAAUAAAAGAGGGUGUUAACGAAGCUUCAACCAAUGAGUUAAGAUGUGCCUUAGAAAGAGACCGACAAGCCCGGAUUGCCCGGUGUUCAGAAGAAGUGUGUGGCCACUUCAUGGAGCUCUUUCUGGAGGAUGAAAUCUUCCAGAUUGCCAAGGAAACCCUUCAGGAGCUCCAGUGUUUCUGCAAAUACUUACAACGGUGGAGGGAAGCAGUGGCAGCUCGGACAAAGUUGAAACGUCAGAUGAGGGCAUUUCCAGCUGCUCCCUGUGGCUUGGAUUCCAAACAUCAACUGAAAGCACUGUCCCCCAGUGCAGAGUGGCCUAUAGCCAUGGAGAACUUGUGCAAGAGAUUUGUAAACCUGGGAAAUGGAGGAAAGCUGGGAAUCUCUUGCACGAGAUUGAACUUGCUGAGAAACAAGACGGUGCAUGAAAUGAAAGUUCAGCACUUCUACCAGCAGUUGGUAAGUGAUUUAGCUUGGACUCCCCUGGAUCUUGUCUCGUUGAUCAUGGAACAUAUUCCAGUUAAACAAGAACAGGUUUUUUGGAAGGCACUUCUGGUUUUGCCCAGUGAUGAUGACUAUUCCAAGGAUGAUCCCAAUAGGAUACUGAUGGAUUGGUUGAAAGCCAAGUUUAUGGGACACAAAACCUGUGAGAAAAAUGUUUCACGUACAGAAGGCAAAAUUCAAACACUGACAUUAUUUAGUUCUCCUGGCAUGCAGGGGAGCAGAGGCAUUAAAGUCAGUGUGUGUAUAAAGGUGGCACAUGGUGCGCUCUCUGACUCAGAGCUUGAUAUGGCUGAGACACAAAAGGACUUGCUUGGGACCAGUGGCCUUAUUCUUCUCCUGCCCCCCCGAGUUAGGAGUGAAGAUGUUGCAGAAGACGAUGUUUACUGGCUUUCAGCUUUGCUACAGCUGAAACAGCUGCUUCAGGCCAAACCUUUCCACCCCAUAGUUCCCUUGGUGGUUCUAGUCCCCAGUCACGAAGAGGAGGCUGUUGAGAAAGAAGUAGAAGAUGGUUUGAUGCUCCAGGACUUGAUUUCAGCCCAUCUUAUUUCAGACUACACCAUUGUAGAGGUCCCAAGCUCUGUCAAUGACUUAGAAGGCACCAGAAGGGUCUCUGCAGCUGUGGGCUGGCUGGUGUCCCAGUGUCCUGCCUCCCUUGAGCUCUGCAGCCAGACCCUUCAGGAGUACAUUGAGGAUGGGAUCGAUGGAGAAUUUGGCAAACGUUUCUACCAUGACUGGAAGGAGAGGCAUUUAGCUGGGCUGCCAUCCCAGGAGCCUGGAGUCAUCACAGAGCUGUACAACAGCGUGCUGCAGUUCCUGUCAGAUGUGGCAUCCUCAGAGCACCUUUGUGACUUGUCUUGGCCUGUCACAGAGUUUUCAGAAGCAGGGGGUAACAAGGUGUUGCCUCACCUGCAGUGGAACAUGCCAGAUCAUCUGGCCUGGCUGAAGAAGGCUGUGCUGUCCUUCCAGAUCCCAUACCUAGAUCUGCCUCCUUUGGGUGCUCCUUGGCGUCCUGUUUGCCACAUGAUUUUUCAGUAUGUCUCCCAGAUUGCAAGUUCUUCCCACACUCAACCACUGAUCCAGUCUCAGGUGGAGAAUCUGCUGAGCAAAACUUACCAAAACUGGAAAAGCAAAACAAGUGGGAACUCUGAUGAAGAUGGACCUUCUGUUGAUGAGAUCCCUUGGGACUGUAUCUUGGCAGUCUGUAUUGAUCAUAAACUGAGAGACUGGAAACCACCCAAACUGCCUGUUGCUCCAGAAGCUGUAAGUAGAGAUGGUCAGAUUCGUGUGUACUUCUUCAAAGAGCAUUUAAAGAACUACAGCGUGCCUUUCUCCUGGGAUCAGGCCAGGCUGCGGACACAGGAGGAGAUCCGGCAAGGCCAAGAGAGAUCAAAGAUAAAGCCUCCCAAGUCUUUCAGGAAACCCUACAGCAUCUCCAUGGUGCCUGGUCAGUAUGGCUCUGGCAUGAGCAUGCUACCAGGUCAGGAAAUGAGCAUUCCCAGCACAGAGGAAUUCAGAGACACAUCCUUGGCCCAGGAGCAGCUGUUGGCACAGUUGCAACUGGAAAAAAUAGAAAGCAAGAGGUUUGAAGAGCAGCUGCACCGGUAUCUAGCUGAGGACAUGGAGCCCCUUGGGGAUCUCCUGGGUCUUCCUCUCUACCUCCCCCAGUCUCUACUCUCCACCCCAGCUGCUACGUGUCCCUUGGUGAAGAGUCCCAUGUCAGCUGCUCAGGAGGCUGGGAGUCAGGAGGAGUACAAGGUUCCAGAGCUGGAGCAAAGCCCUGCGCUGUCAGACAGACUCAAACAUCUGCAGCAGCUCCUCAGAGCCACCAAGGAGGCCGAGGCUGCCUCCGAGCUCCACCUCUCUGCUCUGGUGGACAUGGUGGACAUUUGAGCUGAGCUGAGACUCAGAGACUCAGGAAAGAAAUCCAGGUCCAGAUGAUGGAACAGAUACACUCCUAGGCGCGUUCCAGAACAAGCAGAUGUUCUCCUGGGAUGAGAAUACGGAACAGCCAUGAGCCCUGGGCCCUUCUCAUGUGGCUGCGUUGCACAGGGCCAGCGUAUCAUGGAUAGCCUGGGACUCCCUCCUUUUCUGCCUCAAAAGGCAUGGAGAUGAGUCAAAUGCUUUUUCUUGGAAGGCCUUAAAUGACAGUGGUGUUUUUUCUUUCUCCCAGCUGUCACUGUGGGUAAACACAGCUUCAUCAGGUUCAGCUGUAGGGUAGCAUGGGCCCCUGGGAACACUGGUGCAAUUGGUAUCCACAGACACAUCCCUGAACGUUGUCUCAGUCUGUGCUUCUUCAGGCAGGAACUGCCUCGCAGCAGCACUGUGGUUUGAAGUUCCUAUUCUGUUUUCAGUAAUGUCAAAACUGUCAUUCUCAAGUUGGAGCAGCACCUGGCCAUGAUUUUUGUGCUUCUUGUUUCUCAGUUCAUAUCCAGAAGGAUUUUUGUUGUUCUGGGCCCAAGUUGUAUUUUAUUCAAUGUUUUCAGCAUUAAAAAUGGGUGAGGUGCUUAUUCCACAGAUUUCAUGUCAUGCUGGAAAACAGGAUGCUUCCUUCAGUCUUCAGUAAACAGCUAUGGAGAAAAAAAUUUCCUUUUUUUUGGAAGAGCAGAUAGCCUGCAUAUUCUCCAGGAUUUAAAAACCUUUAGAAGUUGACGGCCCUUGGUUUUAGUUUAAUUUCCAGUAAAUAAUUUGAAGAUUUACUUCAUGUCUGCAGUACUUCUAUACAGUUAAUUCUUUUUUGUCUUACAAAAUCAGCAAUUUUUUCUCAAUCAGAGCCUUCUGCCUGGUGGAAUAUAAAUUACGGCACUAAAUUGAUUAUCAUUCCUGCCCAACCCAAGCUGAAAUCCAAAGUAGUUUGAAACUGUCAAUUGCCUUCCAAAAAAGUAAUUUUACAGUUUUUUAAAAUAGCAUUUCAUUUGUAUUCUUUCUCUUAAACCCAAAAUAGCAAGAGUAGUUUAAUGCUGAGUUAAAAUAAAUUUAAAUUCGAAAGGCCGUGCUUUGAGGCUAUUCCUGCUCCACGUGCUUUUGUUUGGGCUGAGUUUUGUUGAGUUUAACUGGUUCCAUGUGAAUGGAAGCCUGUGCCCUGCUUUUGAUGUUCACAAUUUACCUGUAAUUCAGCUGUCAAAACCCAACAGAGCUUUGGGAGUGUGGCUCAUACGAUUUUCUGUAAAUUGUGUUUUGUACCUAAUAAAAUUUUUAGUAGCUUGAAAGGUGCUUCGUUCCUCUGUAAA